CUUAUAUCCCAGGCAUAUGAAGUUCUGUCGGACCCAAAGAAAAGGGACCUCUAUGACCAGGGUGGGGAGCAGGCUAUUAAAGAAGGAGGCCUGAGUGGCGGCAGCUUCUCUUCACCCAUGGACAUCUUUGACAUGUUCUUUGGUGGUGGAGGCCGAAUGAAUAGAGAGAGAAGAGGCAAAAAUGUUGUACACCAGUUAGGUGUAUCUCUUGAAGACUUAUAUAAUGGUAUUACAAGGAAACUGGCACUGCAAAAGAAUGUUAUUUGUGCAAAGUGUGAAGGUUAUGGCGGAAAGAGAGGGGCAGUAGAAAAAUGCCCUGUGUGUAAAGGAAGAGGAAUGCAAGUUAUAGUUCAGCAGAUUGGACCUGGCAUGGUACAGCAAAUUCAAACUGUGUGUCCAGAAUGCAAAGGCCAAGGUGAAAGAAUAAAUCCGAAGGACAGGUGUGACAACUGCAAUGGCUGUAAGGUUGUAAGAGAGAAAAAAAUCAUAGAAGUUCAUGUGGACAAAGGUAUGAAAGAUGGUCAGAAGAUAGUAUUUCACGGAGAAGGUGACCAGGAGCCUGAUUUGGAGCCUGGUGAUGUUAUAAUUGUGCUUGAUCAAAAGGAUCACAGUGUCUUUCAGAGGCGAGGGCAUGACUUAAUCACAAAAAUGAGAAUUCAACUCUCAGAGGCGUUAUGUGGUUUCAGAAAGACCAUUGAAACUCUGGAUAACAGAGUUCUUGUCAUAUCAUCUAGGCCAGGUGACGUGAUAAAACAUGGUGACCUAAAGUGUAUCUACAAUGAAGGGAUGCCUGUCUAUAAGUCUCCAAUGGACAAAGGUAGCCUAAUUAUACAAUUCUUGGUCCAGUUUCCAGAGCACUACUGGCUCCCAAGGGAGAAACUGUCUCUUCUGGAGGCUCUGCUUCCUCCACGAGAAGAUGUUAUGGUUACAGAUGAGAUGGAUCAGGUAGACCUUGAAGAUUUUGAUCCAAAUGAGCAAACCUACCGUAACAGUGGGGGAGAAGCAUAUGAAGAGGAUGAGGAGGGUCCAAGAACAGGAGUACAGUGUCAGACAUCUUAAAGCAAGGUGGGGUGAAUGUCAUCUAAAAUGUAAAUUUUCACAAUGAAAACUGCAUGGCUGUAAUAGCCACUGCUUGUGGGUUUUGUGUUCAGCAAAUUGAGUUGCUGUGCUGUCAGUAUCACCUUUUUGUAACUAAUUUAUAUUGUGUUCUUGUCUUUCUAUAUAAAGCCAGUGUCACACAGCUGAGAACCAACUGAGUUGGUAAACAUUUUUCUUUGCUGUGAAGGUUCUCAAUUUAUGUCACCUAUGCUAUUUAUAUAAGACUUGGGCAAUAUUGAUAGAAGCUAAGUGGAGUGUCUUAUGUAAAUACUUUCAUACUGGAAAAUGAAUUUCAUAGAAUAAAACAUAGCAGAAUAACUUCUAAUAAAUAGUACUUCACAUU